AUGGACAUCAGGCCUUGGUUUCAGAGAUGUGGUUUCUCAUUGGACCUUAAUGAAUUGUUCCUGUGGCCUGUUGUAGAGAAGAGGAGGCCCCACCUGUCAUCCAAGAAAAUAAACAUGAAGGAAUCUUCACGUGGCAAAUAUGCAGAGAAAAAAUGUCCUGAAUUUACAGAUCUUAGUUUAGGCAAUGCUUUAACUGGAACAGAUCUGAAAGUGCAACUACUGUUGUAUACAAGGCAAAACCAGAAUUGUUCUGAGAAUCUCAGUGAACAUAAUGUAAUAGCAUCUAGUAGCCUGAAUACAACCAAGAAGACUGUCUUUGUUAUCCAUGGCUACAGGCCAACAGGAUCUCCACCAGUAUGGCUAAAUGACAUAAAGGAACUUCUGCUGGCUUUAGAAGAUUUUAACCUCAUUAUAGUAGAUUGGAACCGGGGUGCUACUACUGUAAUUUAUCCUACUGCUGCUCAUAACACCAAGAAAGUUGCAUAUAUCUUGAAGAAACUUAUUGACCAGAUGUUGGCAGAUGGAGCUUCUCUUGACUCUAUUUAUAUGAUUGGAGUUAGCCUUGGGGCUCAUAUAGCUGGAUUCGUUGGACAGAUGUAUAAUGGCAAACUUGGCAGAAUUACCGGUCUUGAUCCUGCAGGCCCUUUGUUCACUGGGAAACCUCCAGAUGAGAGGCUGGAUCAUACAGAUGCACAGUUUGUUGAUGUCAUUCAUACUGAUAUUGAUGCUUUUGGCUUCAGGAAACCCUUGGGAAAUAUCGAUUUCUACCCAAAUGGAGGGGCAGAUCAGCCUGGCUGUCCACAAACAAUCUUCAGCGGAAGUAAAUAUUUUAAAUGUGACCAUCAGAGAUCUGUUUACUUGUUCCUGUCAUCCUUGAAACGGAAUUGCAACAUAACAACAUACCCUUGUGAUUCAUACUCAAAUUUUAAGAAAGGAAAAUGUGCUAACUGUGAAGAUUUUCAUCCAGCAUCAUGUCCAGUUCUGGGUUAUUAUGCAGAUCUGUGGAAAAAACAGCUCCGCAAAAAGAACCCUCCAGAAACAACAGCUUAUUUAGAUACCUUGGAACAAGAACCAUACUGCAUGUACAACUACUUUAUAGAAAUUAUUACCUGGAACAAAAGCGUUAGGAGAGGUUUAAUUAAAAUUAAAAUAACCGAUUAUUCUGGAAACACAAUAGACUCACACAUGAAAUGUGAACCUACAACUUUUCUGCAGUAUAGACAAGCUAGCAUACUUGUCGGAUUUAACCAGGAUUUUGAUAAAAUAUCAAGAAUUUCCUUAACAUUUUCUACCAACUCUUUAAUAGGCCCCAAAUAUAAACUCAGGAUUAUCAGGAUGAGGCUAAGAUCUAUUACAAAUCCAGCCAGACUGCACCUGUGCAGAUAUGAUUUUGUAUUACCAGAGAACAUUGAAGUCACCUUCAAACCGAUUCCAUGCCAAAAGAAGGGCGUAACAGCCUCAGAGAAAGAGCCUUUACUGACUUGAUUUCCUGUAUAGAAAAUGGAACAUUUAAUUCUUUCUCUGGACAAGGAGUGCAGCAGGAAGGGAAAAUGAUAUAAACCAGGCUCAUUUUGAGAAGUUUGUCUUUCGUUACUUUGUUUGAGUGGCACUGAGUGAAGGCCAACAGGAAGUUUAGAUAUCCGUGUGUUAAUAACAUUUUGACAAAGAAAUGUAAGACAACAAAGAACAUGCAGUAAUUUAUGAAUUAUUACUUUUAGGCAGCAAGAAUAUUUCAGGGUACCACCCAAUUAAAUGUGACUUCCCCCCUCUGAUCCUGGCAAAUGAGUUAUGUAAUGCAUAUAUUUAAUUAUUUAUUCUUUAGAAUAACUUUCUUGUCAAGGUAUAAUUAUCUGACUAUUGAACGAAUUUAUUAUACGGUACAUAUGAUAUAUAGAGUUACUAUACAACAAUUUUGGCAUAACACAUUACUUGAAUAAAUAAAUUAAUGCUAUUUCAUUAUAUGAUGCUCCUGCUUGUGAGAACCAUAA